AUGUCAGCAGAAACCACCACAAAUCUUCUACCAUCACUACCACCUAUUUCCUCUUCAUCGUAUCAAAUCUCAACGUCGUUUCUCGAUCCAACCGAGACUUCAUUUCUCGAGAAUGACAGGGAAGAUUAUCUUGAUCAAUUAAAACAGCAAGCUGAAUCUGAUAGGUUACAACACAAGAAUUCUCUUUUGAACACAAGAGACACACCAUCAUCGGAUUCUAAUGUUAUUGCCUCAAGUACUCAUAGUACUACUUCGAAUAAUCAACCACAACCACAACCACAACCAGCACAGGCACCACUGUCGCAGCCUUCGUAUGCUCAGCAACUUCAAUCCACACCAUCGCAGCCUUCAUACGUUCAGCAACUUCAAUCCACACUGUCGCAGCCUUCAUACGCUCAGCAACUUCAAUCCAAAACGAUCAAUAAUUCGGUGUUUCGUCGGGACGAAUCUCGUCAUAAUCCAAAUCUCAACCGUGACAAUACUAUUGGUAGUUUCUCUGAAAUUAAAGAACUUCAAUCCUCUCUGAAACAAUUUACAAACAUGAAAGCGUCAAACAUAAAAUUUCAUCAAAAUCAAGUCAACACAUUAUUUCUAAAAUACAGAUGUCGUGGCAUACAAGAAAAUGGGAUCCCACCAUUGGUUCUAAGUGGCGCAUUACAACGUUUGAUCAUUGAAACUAUAUUCGAAGAGACCGCCAAAUACAUAAAUCAUGAUUCAAGAAGGUCAAAAUUACUGUUACCUGCUCCCUCUUCAACUUCCAAAGAUAACAGUCAUCACAAUACUUUAGAGACAGAAAUUAUUAACACCACAAACAAUUUAAUUCUUUUGACGACUUUAUUAUCAGAAAAUUUUGAGAAAGCAAACAAAUCGGAUUCUAAUUCAAAGGCACCGGUCACAAAUUACACAUCAAACAGUCUAGUUCGAAAUCUCCCGAAUCUUAUACGACAACAAACAGCAUCAGCAUUACGCGAAGCAGCAUUCUCUAAUGAUCAACAUUCGUUCUUGCAAAGUACCUCGAAAAAAGUGAUAGAUACUUUGAAUUUGUAUCGAGAUAUCAAAACAGAUGCAGUUGUAUUAAAGCGGGAAGCUAUUGAUGUUGUGAAGAAAGUUGUGAGGGUGUUGUGGUUUGGGAUCCGGGCACAAGAGAAAGUACCAGAAUUAAUAUUUUUUGAGGCAGGUGAUGAGCUGGAUGUGGAUUUAAUGAACGGAGAAUUCGAUGAGGAUGAUUUGGAUACUGAUGAGGUCGAAAUUUGUUCUUUUCCGUUGAUCGCAAUAGACCCAACGGACGACGAGAAUCGAACUGUCAUUGCAAAAUCACUAAUCAAAAAACGACCAAUAAAAACAAAUCGAGGUGUUAGUAGACAUUCUGUCGCCUCUGAAAGUUAUACAUCUUCAAUAGGAAUGUCGAAUAAGUAUUCGUUUAACUAUUCGAAUGUUUAG